GUAACUCUCCUCGCCAAUAGAUGGUUUCUUCAAACUUCAUCCAAAACUUCCUAACAGUCCCCAAGAAAACGACUACACGCAAAUCUCAUCAAGAUGCAGUUCUUCACCGUAGUCCUUGCCUUGGCCGCCACGGCCUUUGCUGCCCCCAACAUCGCUGAGAGACAGAACACCGGCUGUUUCGGUGCUGGCCAGGAAUGCAUUUCAACCUCCGACUGCUGUAACUACCAGACUGGUGCCGGAGGUGCCUGCGUUUGGGCAUCCGACACCGCCAGCACCGGCAAGUGCACCUAAGUGGCAUGGCCGCGUGGGUCUCUGGACACAGUAAAUUCUCGACGUCACGAAAUAGACCCUCCCAGUACGACACAUAUUACCACAAUGGCAUCGAAUUUGCUGGAAAUGGCCUGAGAUGCUGAACAACGGAGCUGGAUCAAUAGCAGGGAGGCAAACACCACAAGACCGAAAACAGUAUGUUGGACCAUGUAGUCUGGAUUGCCAAAUGAAACCCAUAUCUGGAAAAAAUCUCUCCAAUGUCGCCAGCUUCGGGAUUGUUGUCUGUCCUGGUGUUCGAAGAUAGUCGAGGAAUUGUUGAAUGACAGCCGCUGUUGUUCUGGAGCUUUCAAUUGCACCAGCCAAAACAUCC